AUGGCCGACCAAAAUUCAGCCACCUCGCACCGGACGACUUCGGACAUCUCCGAGGCUCUCGCUGAAUUCGUCAUCCCUGCACCCCUUAAGUUCUUGAUCUCCAACACCAAGAACUUGGUGUCCACACAAUUGAACACUGACAACUACGCAAUAUGGAGGCUGCAACUGCAACAACAUUUCACUGCAAAUGGAUUCGGAGGUCAUCUCACCGGAAUCACAGCUUGCCCUCCGGAGUCUUCCAAGAAAGAACACAAUCUGUGGAAACUUAUUGACAGAAAUUUGGUAUCUGCCCUUCUUUCCACUAUCUCCUCAUCCGUGCUUCCCUACGUUCUCUCUCUCCAAACCGCCCACGAAGUUUGGACUACACUCGAGCAGCGACUUCAACCUACAAAUCGCUCACGAGUCAUUCAACUUAAAAAUGAAUUACACAACAUUCAGAAGAAGGAUCGCACCAUUCAUCAAUAUCUUGAUCAAAUCAAGAUUCUCGUGGACAACAUUGCUGCCGCAGGAUCCAAGAUCGACGCCGAGGAUGUAACACUAUACAUUUUAAAUGGUCUUCCCACUGAGUAUAACCCAUUCAAAACAGCCAUAAGAACGUCUCUGAGCCCCAUCAGUCUCGACACUCUGUACUCGUUACUAUGUAGCGAGGAGAUCAAUCUCCAGCAUGAACGGUGUCAAGAGGGCAAGGCUCAAUCGGAUGCAGCGGCAUAG